AUGAAUAGUGACGAUCUUGUGACCGAAGAUCAAUUGAAUCAUCAAAAAAAUCAAUUGAAUAAAAAGAAUGGUAGGAAAAGUAAUAAAGACUACGUAGAAGCUCAAUUAAAAGCUUAUAUUUCAAAACUAAAAUCGACUAAACAAUAUGAUGAUGUUGAGCCAAUUUCAAUUGAUACGGCAGAAUGGUCAACUUAUAUUCGUUCAAGAAAAGAAUUUUCAGACAAACUGAAAAGUGACGCAGAAUUUGCUUACGUGGGGGCGUUAUUUAGUCAUGUAUAUAAAGUGAUGGAAGUGGCAAAUACUAAUAACAACGCAUUAUAUACUGACAAAUUAAGGAAGUCAUGGAUCAAGGCAAAUCUUGAAGAUUCAAUUGUUGAAACUUCAAUUACUCAAAUGAAUCGAGUUAAACAGGCGUAUGAUCAUAUUCUUUACUUAAUAUCGAAAUUCGAUGACCAAAAAAUUCCGAUGACCAAAUGGAAUCCUUUAUUAAACAAG